AUGUCUGAAACUACGCAAAUAAUAACUUCAAGCAACUCACCAUUAUUAAUAUUUAAAAUUGGAAAAUAUCUUCCAUUUAUUUUUUUAAAUAUUACAUAUGUAGAACUUGGUAUACAUAUUGUAAUUAGUUUUAUUUCAUAUUUUGUUUAUAUACUUAUUAUUUAUACUAUUUUUAAACUUCAAAAAUUUGAUUCAUUAUAUAAAAGUAUUUUUUAUAAUGUAACUAUAAUUUUGGGAAUUGUUGAAAUUCUUGGACAUUUUUUUCAAUUUCUUUUGUUUUAUGAAGUUAGAAUUUCUCCACUAGUUGAUUAUUUUGUUAUUCAUUCUCCACCAGCAUGGCAAUUUACUGUAAUUAUAAAUGGAGUUGGUUUUGGUUUAAUUAGUCAAGCUUCAUAUUCAUUUUACUUAAGUCUCAUUAGAUUUGUUGCAGUUUUUUUUCCAUUAUCUGCUAAAAUGGUAAAUUUUUAUUUAUCACAUUAA